GCAAACAUUGAAACUCAUGAUCCAGUGUGGAGUAUUCAUCUAAAGUUGAUUAAUCCUAGAAAUAGCAACGAUAGCAUUGAAAAAAUUUGUGAGAUUAUAUUCUUUUGAUAAAAUAAUAAAAAACUAUAAAAGACAAAAUGUCAGAAAGUACGAAAAUCGAGGUGAAACCAUCUAAGGAUAUCAAAAAUGAGAAAGAAGAUGAGAAGAGUGAGUUGACUGAGGAGGAUAAACUCUUGCAAGAGGAAUUAACUUAUUUGGUGGAAGUAUUGCAAGAUCCCAAUCAAAAGUUACAUCAAUUUGCAUUGGAAUUGCUACGUACACAGAUACGUGCAUCGACGACUUCUAUGACAAGCGUACCAAAACCUUUGAAAUUUAUGAGACCUCAUUAUGAUACCAUGAAAAAAAUUUACGAUGAGAUGACCAACCCUGAAUUGCAAGAACUGUGUUCAGAUAUUAUCUCCGUAUUGGCAAUGACCAUGGGAGAGGGUAGAGAAUGCUUACAAUAUAGAUUAACUGGUUCCGCUUUGCCCAUCGGUGAAUGGGGACACGAAUAUGUCAGACACUUGUCAGGUGAAUUAGCAGGAGAAUGGGAUGAACUUUGUGGAGCUGAUGCUGUAUCAAUGAGUAAAAGAUUAAUUGCAUUGGUACAUGAAAUCGUGCCGUAUAAUAUGGCACACAAUGCAGAAACUGAAGCUUGUGAUUUGCUGAUGGAAAUUGAAAGGCUUGAUAUAUUGGAACAAUAUGUCGAUGAGAGUGCAUAUCAAAGAGUUUGCCUUUAUCUUACCAGCUGUGUACCUUAUGUCGCUGAUGCAGAAAGUGGUGUUCUACUUCAAACUGCUGCAACAUUGUAUGGAAAGUUUGGUCAAUUUCCUCAAGCACUUCGUCUUGCAAUGCAGCUCAAUGAUCUUUCUUUCAUUGAAGAAAUUUUCACUAAAUGUACCGAUCUAUCAGUCCAAAGACAGUUGGCAUUUAUGUUGGGUCGUCAACAAAUCUUCUUAGAUCUUAAUGAAUCAACCGUUGAAUAUGACGAUUUGGUUGAAAUAAUGUCCAAUUCUCAAUUAAACAAUCACUUCCUUAAUUUGGCACGUGAAUUGGAUAUAACGGAACCUAAAACACCAGAGGACGUAUAUAAAUCACAUUUGGAAAAUUGUCGGCCACCUUUCGGUGGUGGACAAGUAGAUUCGGCGAGACAAAAUCUAGCUGCUAGCUUUGUCAAUGGUUUUGUUAAUGCUGCAUUCGGACAAGACAAGUUGUUGAUCGAAGAUGGUAAUAAAUGGUUAUACAAAAAUAAAGAGCAUGGAAUGCUCAGUGCUACUGCAUCUUUGGGUUUGAUUUUAUUGUGGGAUGUUGAUGGUGGAUUAACACCUAUCGACAAAUACCUUUACUCUUCGGAAGAUUAUAUUAAAUCUGGAGCAUUACUAGCCUGUGGUAUUGUAAACUGUGGUGUAAGAAACGAAUGCGAUCCAGCUUUGGCUCUUCUUUCUGAUUAUGUAUUACACAGUAGUAAUACGAUGAGAAUUGGUGCAAUUGUUGGUCUAGGAUUGGCAUACGCUGGUUCUAACAGAGAAACAGUAUUAUGUUUACUUACACCGGUUCUCAGCGAUCCAAAAUCAAGUUGGGAAGUCAUUGGUGUAGCUGGUCUUGCUUUAGGAAUGGUUGCAGUUGGAUCUUGUAAUGCAUAUGUUACAACUACAAUAAUGCAUACAUUAAUGGAAAAAUCCGAAAGUGAUCUUAAAGAUACGUAUGCACGCUUUUUACCUCUUGGAUUGGGAUUAUGUUUCUUAGGGAAACAAGAAGCUGCUGAAGCAAUAAUCGCAGCAUUAGAAGUUAUACCAGAACCAUUUAGAUCAAUGUCCACUACGUUGGUAGAAGUAUGUGCUUAUGCAGGAACAGGAAAUGUUCUGAAAAUACAACAUCUAUUACAUAUAUGUUCUGAACAUUAUGAGCCAACUAAUGAGAAAGAAGAUAAAAGUGAUCGCAAGGAUAAAGAUAAAAAGGAGGAAAAGAAAGAAGAAAAAGAAAAAGAUUUAAGCUCACGUCAAGCGAUUGCUGUUCUUGGAAUUGCAUUGAUUGCAAUGGGCGAAGAAAUAGGAGCAGAAAUGGCAUACAGAACAUUUGGCCAUUUAUUGAGAUAUUGCGAACCAGUAAUUAGAAGAUCCGUACCACUUGCUUUAGGACUGAUAUCCGUUUCUAAUCCUAAAUUAAACAUAUUAGAUACCUUAUCUAAAUUUUCACACGACAGUGACCCAGAGGUAGCUCACAAUGCAAUAUUUGCUAUGGGUUUAGUCGGAGCUGGAACAAAUAAUGCAAGAUUAGCAGCUAUGUUAAGACAAUUAGCCUUGUUCCAUUCUAAAGAUCCUAAUAAUUUAUUCAUGGUCCGUAUAUCGCAAGGUUUAACGCAUCUUGGAAAAGGAACAUUAACAUUAUCUCCAUAUCAUAGUGAUAGACAAUUAUUAAGUCCUGUUGCAUUAGCUGGUCUCCUUGCUACAUUGGUUGGUUUUCUUGAUGUUAAAAACAUUAUUCUUGGAAGAUCGCAUUACCUUUUAUAUACGUUAGCAGCUGCCAUGCAACCAAGAAUGUUGGUUACAUUCGAUGAGGUUCUUAAUCCUUUAGCUGUACCAGUACGAGUAGGUCUUGCAGUUGAUGUUGUCGGUCAAGCGGGUAAACCUAAAACAAUAACUGGUUUCCAAACACAUACGACUCCUGUAUUAUUAGCAUAUGGCGAAAGAGCUGAACUUGCUACCGAAGAAUAUAUACCAUUGACUCCUAUCAUGGAAGGCUUUGUCAUAUUAAGGAAAAAUCCAGAUUUUGUACCGUAGAUUUAUCACAUUUCAUUCUUCUAAUGUAUCUCUUAUUUCAUUAUUUUUUAAAACAAUAUAUAUUAAGAUCAAUAAUUAAUGAAAAA